AUGCUUGAAAGCAAUCCGAUACCAACAACAACGAUUGGUGGUGGUUUCACUAACAUCAAUACACCAUCAACAAGCAAUAUAAUAGGUAAUAUUUUUACACCCGAACAAGUUGCUUGUGUUUGUGAAGUACUUCAACAAAGUAAUGAUAUUCAACGGCUCGGUGAUUUUUUAUGGACAUUACCAACAUUUGAACAUUUUCAUAAUCAUGAAAGUGUUGUCAAAGCUAAAGCAGUUGUAGCAUUUCGUCGUGGAAAUUAUCGUGAACUAUAUAAUAUACUUGAACGUUAUCAAUUUGCACCAUGUAGUCAUCCACAAUUACAACAAUUAUGGUUACAAGCACAUUAUAAUGAAGCUGAAAAAUUACGUGGUAGACCAUUAGGUGCUGUUGGAAAAUAUCGUGUUAGACGAAAAUUUCCUUUACCACGUACAAUAUGGGAUGGUGAAGAAACAAGUUAUUGUUUUAAAGAAAAAUCACGUAAUAUUUUACGUGAUUGGUAUUUACAUAAUCCAUAUCCAUCUCCAAGAGAAAAACGUGAAUUAGCUGAAGCAACUACAUUAACAACAACACAAGUAUCAAAUUGGUUUAAAAAUCGACGACAACGUGAUCGAGCAUCAGAAACAAAUGAUAGAAAAACAGGUGAUAUGAGUCCUUCACAUAAUGAUGAUAAUUCAUUAGAUGAUCUCGGAUCAACAGGUAGUGAACCAACAACAAAAGGUUUUCAACUUGAUUAUAAUAAUCAACAAUAUCAUUAUCAUCAUCAUCAUCAUCAUCAUAUGAAACCAACAACAACAGAUAUUAUUGAUUCUGGAGGAAUUUUUAAAGAUUAUCAUUCACUUUAA